AAUAGCGCGACGUCCCUCGGGAACAUUGCGCUGGUGCUCCAGAGGCAGGGCAAGUACGAGGAGGCGGAGGCCAUGAACCGGCAAGCCAUCGAAGAGAAAGAGCAUGUGCUGGGAAAGGAGCACCUAAGCACGCUGAUUAGCAUGGAGAACCUCGCGAUGGUCCUCAAGGAGCAGGGGAAGUACAAGGCGGCGGAGCAAAUGUGUCGGCGCGCGCUCGACGGCAAGGAAAAGGCGCUCGGCAAGGAGCACAGUAUGACGCUGCAGGGCAUGAACAACCUCGCCACCAUCCUCCAGGACGAAGGCCGAUACAAGGAAGUCGAGCAGAUAAAUCGGCGCGUGCUCGAAGCGCAGGAAAAGGUGCUCGGCAAGGAGCAUACCGAUACGCUCACGAGCGUCAACAACCUCGCGAGCGUGCUGUGCGAGCAAGGUAAAUACGAAGCGGCGGAGGAGGUCUACCGGCGCGCGGUGGCGGGACGGGAGAAGGCGCUGGGCCGCGAGCACCCCGACACGCUGCUGAGCGCAGACAGCCUUGCAGUAGCCCUCUGCAAGCAAGGGAAAUACGAGGAAGCCGAGGAGCUGCAACGCCACGCACUCGCGAGCCUGCAGAAAGUGAACGGAAGGGACCACCCGCACACAUUCUUAGUCCUCGCCAACCUCGCCGCCACCCUGCAAACGCAGAAGAAGUACGAGGCGGCGGAGCAGAUGACGCGGCAGGCGCUCGAGGGCAAGGAGAAGCGGCUUGGCCCCGAGCAUCCCAGCACGCUGCUGACGGUCGCGAACCUGGCUUUUCUGCUGCAUAAGAAGCAGGAGUACGCUGCUGCUGCACCGCUCUAUGCACGAGCGUCGACAGGAUGUGUCAAGGCUCUUGGCCCGUCGCACCCGGACACGCUGAUG